AUUUUUGUCAGGAAGCAGUAAGUGCCAGGAGCUUCCUGAGGGCAGAGCAUGAUAACGAGGUGGAUGGAGGUAGUGGCUUCAUCAUCAAAGGACCUGUCCCUCAUGUCCAGGUAAGUGUUGGAGCACUCCUGGGUCUGUCAAUAGCAGCAGUGGUCCUCUUUGCUUUUAUCAUCACUGUGUGUGUUCUCUGUUACUUGUUUAUCAGCACAAAGCCACGCAGCAAACUGGAUACUGGUUUAAGCUUACAGAUGGCAGCGUUAGUCUGGGAAGACCUGUGGGGUGAGGUGUCCUAUAUCACUGCAAGAUACAGAGCUGCAUCCUUCACAAGGCCCCACAACAAGCUGUUGACAAAGCCAAGUGACUUCAAGAGAUUUUUCUGAGCCACAAGGAUGAACUGUGACUGUGAGCCACAAGAACCUGACUCACUCUUCCAGAGGGGUUUCCUGGCUGUUACAACCACUGCCGACAACCAGAUGCCAUGGGUAGCAGAUGGAAACCCUUCAGAUGUACAUGUAGGGUCAAGAGAGUACCAAUAUGGCUCUGCAGAUGGCUUUCAAAUAGCCACGGGACUGGACACCAUCUGGGAAACCAGAAAAACCUUGUGGAAACCAGACCUCAGGCUAGAACUGUCCCUGCCCAAAGUUGUGACUCACCCCAGGCAGGAGAGUGAGAUAGUACUCUUGUUUCUGAUGAAUGACUACUUGGUUCUGCAAACGAAUGUAAG